AUGGCUCUUUGGACACCUUACGCAGACGACACUGCGUUGGAUUUGACCACAACUCGUCUGAAAGAAGAGACCGAGUACACAAGGCUAGAUGAGCCGCGGACACCAGAGGUUCCAUACGUCGUCUAUCCUCAGCCGAUUUACGCUAAUCCAGCGCAUAUUUCUCCAAUAUCGGCAAACAGUUACAUAUCUUACGAAGCCCAACAACACGAUCAAAUGAUUUAUCAAAGUUAUCCGCGCACAAAUUUGUCGCCCCCAAUAUCGCCGGAACAAUACGAGAAUAUGAGGAAAAGAAGUUUGAGCAUGGUGGAUUCUGAUUAUUUAUCUGAUGACCCUGACUUUCAAGAGUUCGAACGUGUCGCCCUGAGAACGAUGGCGGAAAAAAAUGGAGGGACUUUAUUGGGCAAUAAUCCUCGUAUGCGCAGAACUGUACAGUCGAAGAACGAGACGGCUGAUGAAACAUACCGCAGACAGCGAGAGAGAAACAAUUACGCGGCAAAACAGAGCCGCGACAGAAGAAAGCUCAGAGAAAUUCAUUUGGCGUUGAAAGUGAAUUACUUAAGAAAAGAGCUAUCAAGUUUGAAAGCUGUUUUGGCAUCUAGGAGAUGUGUCAAAUGUCAACAACUGUGCUCGUGUUAA